CCUAAACUUUUCUCGAAUCCAAUGUCCACCAUCUCUUUUCCCACCCGUCACGAGAUAUGAGUGCCUCGCAUCCUCAUCCAGACGGACAAAAUCUCCUCCCCGGUCGCGAGUGAUCGAGUCCAAAGCACCUCUUCUGUUCGGCAUUUCUAGGCAUUGCCGAAAGAAUUAGGCAUAGCUCACAAACACCAAUGGAGGGACAGGGACAGUUGCUCCAACCAAAAUCUACAAGUAAUUUCGGUCUAGUCGCUUCGGCUUCUGACGUCCAUCUGGCCUGCCAGCGUUGCUGUUUUUCACCGUUAGCUGGGGCACUCCUCUCGGGUACAUGACUUGAUCGGCCCGCCAAGGCGAAGGACAACCUCGCUUUACGGACAUCUGGACCAUGGCAUCGGAGCUCCCAGCUCGCCUCGAUCCUGUCCAGUUACCGGCUAAGAGUCGGCGUUCCGUCGCAUGCAAUCAUUGUAGGGCGAAGAAGAUCCGGUGCAAUGGGAACAUUCCCUGCGCCAACUGCCUGGAUCGUGCCGAAGAAUGUGUCGUCACACCCAGACGUCGUCCACGCAUCCAGAAGAGCCUCAAUCACGAUGGUCGCGUAGUUUCGCACGAGGACAACGAGCCUCGUCCGGUACAAGCUGGCUACAGCAAUGUGCUAUCGCAGCCACUCAUCUUCGUUCCUCAGCAGUCUGAAAGCCAGACAGAAACACCACAAGACGAUCGUGAACCCUCGAUCAAUGUCUUUGAUGAUCAAGAUGUCGGCGAGGACAACAGUCUCCAUGCCACGGACACGCUCAGCCUUGAGUAUUAUGGCCCACGCUGUAUGCUGUCUGUUUGCUCUCAGCCUGCCGUAGAUUGGGUGAUACUCAACACGAAAUCAAAAGACUAUGCCAGCAUAGUGAAACGUGUUGUCCACAACUCGGCUCGCAUGCUCAAAAUGAGUAACAGCCUGUCGUCUUCCCGAGUGCCAGACCCUCCUCCCGAGAUUGCAUGGCAAUACACCUGCGCAUACUUUGAAGAGGGGCUGGACCAGGCUUUCGGCGUUGUCGAGCGUAAUUUGUUUGAAGCUCGGCUACGCGCACAUUUCAGUGGGAUACGGAACCUUAUGACCGAUGAUAAAGCGUGGUACGCGUUACGCAACAUUGUAUUGGCUCACGGGUGCCGCAUAGUCCUUUCAAGAAAGAGAACUUUCCGUGAAACCUUACAAGCCUCAUUGGGCUUCUUCGAGAAUGCGCUUUCCAUGCAUACCGAGAAUCUGUUCCUGCAUACAUCCCUGAUGGGCGUACAGACCCUAAUAUUAAUGGCAUACUUCAGUGAGGGCAUAGGUAAGGAGUCUUUGCAAUAUACUCUAUGCACGGACGCCAUGCGCCUCGCCUGUUCCAAAGGAUUGCAUCGACAGCCUUCCCAUUCCUGGAAAAUAUCGCCGCAAGAAGUCACCCACAGGAACUGGAUGUUCUGGUCCAUUUACUGUCUGGAAAAACACAUUUGCUCCCGGUCGGGGCGUCCUUCGAUUAUGGACGAUGACGAGAUAAGCUGUCGCGUAUCCUCGAGUGCGCCCAGUGGGUUACCAAGCGACACUUUGUACUGUCACACACUCAUCAAAAUGAUGCAGCUGAGUUCUACUGCUAGAAAGCGCCUGUCAAGCGCCCGCGCUCUCCGACAAACAACCGAACAGCUGAUCAAGACCGUCCGGAAGUUGAGGAAGGACCUUGCAGAUUUCAAGCUCUCGGUGCAGCACGACAUCUGUCUUGACGACCCGCUUGAAACCUCUCGAAUACCAGCAGGGCUGUCCUUACGCCAGGCUCAAUCACUCCAGUCCCAUUACUUCUGCUUGGUGCUGGACAUCAACACUCCUCUGACCUACCCUUGGUUAGGCAUCUCGGCUUACCUAUCGAAUGAUGCAGCUGCUACUUCGCACGUUGAGGCCUCCUGUAAAGAAGUGGCCCAGGCUUCGCGUGCAGGUAUUCUGGCAACCAGACAAGUACAUAUCGACGGUGGUUGCUCUCUCUUAAUUGCAAAAUACACGCCCGUGUACUGUUUUAUGAACCUAUUCAUGCACAUCUUACGAGACACUACUGCACCUACGGUUUCGUCGGACCUUGUGCUCUUGGAUAUUGCCUUCGGAUACUUUUCCAAUCUUGAAUUCGUCACCGGACUUGAACUAUCGCGAAUGUUCGUCAGAGAUCUGUGCCACCUGGCACGCCUGGCUGUAGAGCAUGAUGCAGGGAUCCAAGGCAACAAUGUUGCGCAUAUGGGUAUCGAGGGAACAAGAAUCCAAUCGAAUCCCGCAGCUGCAAAUCUAAUGAUCGACCCUGUGGAGUUCGACGACACAAACACUUUUCCAUACUAUGAGAAUGACUUCUUCGGAUUCAUGCCGGAUGAAGAUCUUGAGUCGUGGAGCACACUUGUGCCGCUGAAUAAUGUGGAUGGUAUGAUGUUUUGAAGUCCGACCAAGGCGGUCUCGAUGGAACCAGAAAAAUAUCUAAGACAGCUGUUGAGACCGCUGCUGACCUGCUUGACCGAUGGUGCCUUGUGGCCGGUCAGUGUGGAGCACGUACCAUUCCGCUAUUUCCAAUGCGUUCGGUUCGGCCUGGUUUCCAUGCACUCCAGCGCUGGCCGUACCAAAUCGAAAAGGCCUCACCACUUCACGAUCAAAUGACUGCAAGGAAAAUCUGCUCAGGCCGUGCUUGGUAUCCCCCGCAAUUUCGCUGUCCCACUGCUCACCGUCUACCCUGCGUGACAGCCGGUCUUUCACAUCACAUGCAUGAGGUCGGAUCAUCGCACUGGAAUGGGUAGCGCGCUCUAGCUGGUGAAGUACAACGAUCAACGAUUUUCAUACAGUACUGUGUAGAUUGGUGUUCUAUCUAUGUCUUUUCA